GUUGGAAAAUUCUAGCAUCAGGUCACUUGUACCCAUCCGCGGUGAUAAUUCUUUUUUCAUGUAAUUUCAGCCGCAGAAUCGCACUUCUACCGGUCAGAUCGAAUCUAUUAUAUAUACAAUUUUUUUAUCGUUCACACUGGAACAGAGGUACAUGGGUAGUUUUCCGUACAUGUGAUUACCGAUUUGAAUUCCAAAUUUCCAUGCUCAGCGCAAGGCUCUUAUCCUUUGAACUCCAAAUUUCAUUCUUUAAAAGUCAGCAAGGCUCUUACCAACAGCUAUAGAAAAGAAGAUGGACGACCAACAACUUGCAAGGAAACCCAGGGUUCUCUGCUUCCAUGGUUUCAGAACAAGUGGGAAAAUCUUUGAAGAACAGACCCAAGUAUGGCCGGAAUUCGUGAGGGAGAAGAUGGAUCUGGUCUUCGUGGACGCGCCGUUUCCGGCGGAAGGAGGAUUGGAAGAAUUGGGUGUAGCUGAGGAGCUGUUUGAUCCUCCUCUUUAUGAGUGGUUCCAAGCUAAUAAGGAUUUUUCGGAGUACCGGAAUUUCGAUGAGUGUGUUGCAUUCGUUGAGGAUUGCAUGACGAGGAUCGGACCAUUUGAUGGUUUAAUGGGGUUUUCCCAAGGGGCAAUUCUAUCCGCUGCAUUACCAGGCAUGCAAGCAGAGGGUGUGGCUCUUACCAGUGUUCCUAAGAUAAAGUUUGUAAUGCUAAUAUCUGGGGCUAAAUUUGGAGGAUCUAUGUUCUCUUCACCAAAGCUGGCUCAAAAUGCCUUCUCCUCUCCCAUUGAAUGUCCAUCACUUCACUUCUUAGGUGAGAAGGACUUUGGCUUGACAAAUGGGAUAGAACUCCUGGAUUCAUUUGUGGAUCCCGUUGUGAUAAAUCACCCUGAAGGUCAUGUGGUACCUAAACUAGAUGAGAAAGGCUCGGAGACCAUGAUCAAGUUCAUCGAAAAGGUUCAGGAACUAUUGUAGAGAGAAGAGAGAUUUCAUAGGCAUGUUCUGGAAAGUGGGAAUUACUAAUAAAAGCCAUUUGUGGCUCUCUUAAUUGUGGUAAAAACUUGUAAAUCAAAUUUAUUUCUUUCACUGGCAAUUGGCAUUCUCUGCCAUCAAGUGCAAUUGUUGAUGAUGAUGAUUCUCGUUUGAUUAUUCAUGUACUAUCUCUUUUU